UUGUUCUAAAUCGCGCGUAACGCAGAUUGACUGUUCUAUAAGAGGCUACGCCCAUGUGUUUUCAUUCUCUUAUGGGUGACUAACACAAUAGACCUCCACUGUACGACUCAUCUGUUGAAUCUGGUUAAACUAGCAACGCACGCUGUAUGGAUAAGCAAGCAGUUUUCAUCUUGAUGUAAAAGAAAAGCUUAUCCGCUUCUUCGUCUGCCAUCUGAGCUCACUCUCUGAUCAGCCAUGGACGUUGAGAACCAGAAGCUGAGUUAUCCAAGUUUCCACAAGUUCUUUCCCAUGAAGCACAAGGAAUUAGACAAGCCAUCGUACAGUUUGAAUGGAAUAGAAGAUAGAGCUGAAGAUGAAGGUGAUUACUCCGGGGGCGAUCUUUCAUUUCCGUCGAUGGAAUUUGACCCAUGCAUAGCAACCAAUGAACUUAAGAUCUCAGUCGGUACUUGGAAUGUUGCUGGUCGAACUCCGGUAGGAAGCUUAGAGGUUGAUUUGGAAGAGUGGCUGAAUCUCAAGAAUGCUGCGGACAUAUAUGUUCUUGGGUUUCAAGAGAUUGUACCGUUGAAGACCAGGACUGUGAUAGGAGUGGAAGACCCACAGGUGGCAACAAGAUGGAACCAGCUCAUCGGAAGAAUUCUAAACAGCAGGUCGGCUUGCCCAUGGUUGACAACAAAGCAAAAUUCAAUGACAGAAGGAUGGAAGAUGGAGGAAGGAGAGGAGUAUACGCUGUUAGCGAGCAAGAAGAUGGUCGGAAUAUUCAUCAGUGUGUGGAUAAGGCAGGAAUUGCUGAGAAAGUACCAUGUCUCGAAUGUGAAAGUUUGCUCGGUGGCCUGUGGCAUAAUGGGAUGUCUGGGAAACAAAGGUUCGGUCGCCGUUAGCAUGUUAAUUGAAGGAACAAGUUUUUGUUUUGUAGCCGCCCACUUGGCAUCUGGGGAGAAGAAGGGUGAUAAAGAUCAAAGAAAUCACCAGGUUUCCGAGAUUUUUAAGCGAACUUGUUUCCCCAGAACCGCUAAAGAUCAUUAUCCUCAUCCUCUUACCAUCUUAGGCCACGACCAGAUAUUCUGGUUCGGCGAUCUCAAUUAUAGGCUAUCGUUGGAGGGUACUUUUGCAAGGCGGCUGAUAGUAAGGCAAGACUGGAAGGCGUUGCAGCAGUUUGACCAGCUUCGGAAAGAAAGAGAAGGAGGUGCGUUUGAGGGUUGGAAAGAGGGUAACAUUGAAUUUGCCCCCACCUAUAAAUAUCCAGCGUCAAAUUGCAUUAAAUACUCUGGUUCCCAUCCAAGCGGAUCUGGCAAGAAGCAAAGAACUCCAGCGUGGUGUGACCGAAUUCUAUGGUACGGGAAAGGAGUGAAGCAACUACAAUAUUUUCGCAGUGAAAGCAAGUUCUCGGACCAUCGCCCUGUUUCUGCGCUGUUCUCGACCCAAAUUGAAAUAAAGUCAUCUAACACAGGACUUGUUGCAUUGCACAAUAUGUCCAAAUCUAUAUUGGCCACCGACCAUGGGAUGAGCAAACGAAAUGAAGAGAGAAAAUCUACGUUACUGUCAUUGUUAACAAAGGACAUAGGAGGCAGCUAAUUCAAGCAAAAGUGUAGAUUAUAUUGAUUAACCAGAAUGUCACCUAGAGUCCCAGACUCCAUUUACCACAAAAGCGCCUCGGGUUUCCUUACUAGAUUUCUAGCAACCCAAAUUUUUUGGGGAUAGCAGAUAGGUUAAGACUAGUUGGUAAACUAAACAUAGAGCGUCGCUGCUUGAAACAAAAAUGCAUCGUACUCCUCUAAUGUGGACAGAUCUUACCAAGGCAAGAGAAGUACAAUAUGUAAUAUUUGGGGGAUUUUAAGGGCCCGUUGGUCAAUGGCUAAAACAAAAUAUUGAUUAAAAAAAAUAUUGAGCCAAUUAGCGCCCUUUUUCCAACCCAUGUUAUGCAAUUACACCAUACAAUUGAAUAAAGUUUAGCUUAAUUGCAUUUUGAUAGUAAA